AUGGCCGCAGCCCUUUUCCAAAGCUCAUGCGUCACAUUCCUAAGCGGCGAUAUUACACUCAAGCAGAUGGGUCUACACGAGUCAGACUGGCGACAACUCAAGAAAAACGUCCAAGUGAUCAUCCACGCUGCAUCGUCGGUUAGUUUAACAUGUCCGCUACCCAAACUGGCAACAUCAAUCAUUGCGCCGAGUAUAUCGCUCGCCGAAACAGCGAUGGAAUUUGAAGAUCUUCAGCAUUUCGUUUACGUUUCUUCUGCAUUCGCGAAUGCCCAUCUAUGGAAAACGACCGAUAAAUCCGAAGUCACCGUUAAAGAGUGCAUUUACUCCCUUGGUCCGCAUCAGGAGGUAUAUGAUCCGCAUAAUUUGGACGAGUGGGCUGGAUUCGGUCCACAGACAGAACACGAGUGGAGAAGUGUCCUGGAUACAGGGACAAGCAUUGAAUUCGACUAUAAUGAUUUUCCCUGGCCAUAUGCGUAUGCGAAACACCUUACGGAGCGUCUUCUUAUCAAUGCCUUUAUGCAAAAUGAAGCUACUGAAAAGCUCCUCAUCAUUCGACCUUCUUGUCUAGGUCCUGCUAUCACCCAGCCAUAUCCUGGAUACUCGAGCUCAACAUCUACACCAUCAACAGGUCUCGCAGCAUCAAUCCUGUUAUACGCAGGAAAGCACAUGAAAUUCCCGACUAGAAGCACAGAUCCCGAAAACGAAGUGACAAUGGACGAAGUGCCCAUAGACGUCGUGGUAGAUCGACUCCUCUCCCACACAGCAAAGGGAACAUUCGGCUGCGUCCACGCGGUAGCUGGAAAAAAGGCUCGAUUACGCUUCAAAGACUGGUGGCCCGUUGUUAUGAAAGAGCGUCGUCUACCAUGGAUUGUCCGUCCCGAAUGGACAUUUCUAGACUGGCACUCUGCCAAGUUGCAUCCAGCUGCUAAAUUCUAUGUUAUUCUCGGAACAUCAUUUGAAUUUGGAGAUGAGCAGGCGUCAAAACUUCUACCUAAGCUUAAUGCGCAUGAGAAGUUGCAUUUAAAGCUCUUUGCCGAUGAAUUUGAUGAAUCUCAUCCGUAUGAUUUGGCGCAGAGGAGAAAUAAGAUUCGGGAGGUUGGAAUGAGGAUGGCGAAGAAGAAACAUUUACCGAGGUGCUUUGUUAAAGUUUGUACGAGGCCGGGGAGACAGAGUAGUUCGGAUCUGGCGUGUAAACCACACCAUACCAUGCAUGAGUAUGGGGCUAAGUUUGAUGUUUCGAAGGAAGCUGAGUCUGAAGCGUUUCGGCAUAGCGUACACUAG